AUGGCCCCGAAGAAAAUUUUAAUGAUUGUUGGAGAUUUUGUCGAAGAUUAUGAAGCCAUGGUACCAUUUCAAGCAUUGACAAUGGUGGGUCACACAGUGGAUACUGUAUCUCCGGACAAAAAAGCUAAAGAAACGGUUGCCACGGCGAUACAUGAAGAAGAAAACAAUGAGCAAACAUAUUCGGAAAAACGCGGCCAUGCAUUUACAUUAACAGCAACAUUCAGUUCGAUUAAAUCCAAAGAUUAUGAUGCAUUGAUACUUCCUGGUGGAAGAGCUCCCGAACAUUUACGUUUAAAUAAAAAAGUAAUUGAAUUGAUUCAAGAAUUCAAUAAGGAUAAUAAACCGAUUGCUGCUAUCUGUCAUGGGUUACAGUUAUUAUUAACAGCUGACUGUUUACGGGGAAAAACGUGCACGGGGUAUAAAGCAGUUGGUCCUGAUCUAAAAUUGGGUGGUGCAAAUUACGUUGAGAAAAACGCGGAUGAGGCUAUUGUUGAUGGUAAUUUGGUGUCCUCACCGGCAUGGCCUGGACAUCCUCAACUAUUAAGCGAAUUUUUAAAACUUUUAGGUACACAAAUUUUACUAUAA